AACCUGCUGGAUUUCAUCCCUGCUUGGCCACCAACUCAGAGUUAAAACUCUGUUUUAACAGAUUAACAAAGUUGGAAGGGACCUUUUAGGUCAUCUAGUCCAACCCCCCGCUGAAGCAGGAGACCCUACACCAUUUCUGACAGAUGACAGUCUGGUCUCUUCUUGAAAGCUUCCAGUGACGAAGCUCCCACGACUUCCAAAGGCAACUUCUGUUCCAUGGGUUGAUUGUUCUCCCUGUCAGAAAAUUUCUCCUUAUUUCCAGGUUGAAUCUCUCCUUGGUCAGUUUCCAUCCAUUAUUCCUUCUCUGGCCUUUUGCGUGCCUUGGAGAAUAGCUUGACCCCCUCCUCUCUGGGGCAGCCCCUCACAUAUUAGAAGAUGCUAUCAUGUCUCCCUGGUCCUUCUCUUCACUAGACCAGACAUGCCGAGUUCCUGCAACCGUUCUUUAUAUAUUUUCGCCUCCAGUCCCCUAAAAUCAUCUCUGCACUCUUUCUAGAAUCUCAACAUCUUUUUUAUAGUGUGGUGACCAAAACAGGACACAGUACUCUAGGUGUGGUCUUACUAAGGCUUUAUAGAGUGGUAUUAGCUCUAACCAAAGUGUCCUUCUGGCUUGCUCAGAAAACCUUUUCCGUCCUGUGGCUUUAAGAGGAGGAGAAAACCUGAUUAUUUUUGUCUGUUGGGAUUUAGUGAAGGGCCAGGAGGAGGAGAGCUGGCAGAGAACCAGGCCUUACGUCAGCCUGGCAUUUGACAAGACAAAACAGAAACGGGUCCGUCCUUCAGACUUUGUCUAUCAGAAGCGUUGACGGGAGAAAACUGUAGCUCAGAAGGUGUGCAUUCGACAGGAAGUUCCUUUAGAAACGGCUUUUUAAAACUGCUUUCCUAAAGCAACUUGUUCUGCAGAUCCUCAGAUAUAUUCCAGUUCUUCUUUCUCUCCUUCCUGGCUUCCUGCUAUUAGUCUUUUCAUGCACUUGCAAGGAUUUGUGCUGUCUUGGCGAGGACAGUGAGUUUUAUGUUUUGCUGUUGUGGUUGCCGGGUGCAUGGCGACAUCCGAUAGCCAUCCCAACGUGGCAGAUGGCAAAACUCUUUUGAGAAGCACCACGAUCCACACGGGUGGCUGAGUUGACUCCAAAAUUGAAGGACAGGACUUUGGCGUCAUGCAUUUCAAGCACUGGCUUCCCCAGAUGGGGGUCCAGUUCAAUCGAGUGAAGCCCAGAACCCUCAGAGGAAGAAGCAGGGGGGCUGCAUCCCUGGGAAGACACCUGGAUCUCAUGUUGGGGAGAAGACCACUCUUCAAGAGAAUAUUUGACCUAGACCAGACUCGGUGCUCCUUGGCAUCUCCACUCAGGAACUUCACCCAUUACUCAGGAAUGUUACAAGAAUCAACAUCUCGGCCUGCUUCCCCCAGACCAAACCAAAGAGUGCCGAAGAACGUAGCCACUUCUGAAGCCAUCCAAAAACACAAGAAAAGUCUGGCGGAUUGGUUUAGCCGGCAGCCCAACGAGGAGAGACAGUUUGGACCUUCCUUCGCCCUGGACGCCACCCACGUCGAUCCGGUGAUCCGGGAGAGCUCCCUGGAGGAAAUCUUGAAACCAUCUCCAGAUCUGACAAUCCAGAACCAACUCCAAUGUUCUUGCUAUCAUACCAUUGGCCUCCAGAACCUUUUUGACGAAGACCUCUGCGGACAAGAAGUGAAGAAUGUCGUCCUCUAUGGGACGGUGGGCACCGGGAAAAGCACCCUCAUCAAGAAGAUGGUGAUGGACUGGUGUCACGAGCGCCUUCCUCAUUUUGAGCUGCUCCUCCCCUUCUCCUGUGAAGACCUUUCCCAGGGCAACAGCCCCGUGUCUUUGCGCCGAUUAGUGACCAAGAAAUACCUCCACCUGCGGGAGGUGGCCCCACUGCUUGGCUCCAGCAACCUCAAAGUGCUCUUCAUCCUCAAUGGCCUUGACCGUCUCAACCUGGACUUUCGCCUGGCCCGCACUGAGCUUUGCUGUGACCCCAAUGAGCCCCUCUUGCCAGCUGCCAUUGUCGUCAACCUGCUCAGGAAGUACAUGAUGCCCGAGGCCAGCAUCAUUGUCACUACUCGCCCUUCGGCAGCACGCCGGAUCCCCAGCAAGUUUGUGGGACGCUACGUUGAAGUCUGUGGCUUCUCGGAUCUCAACCUCCAGAAGCUUUACUUCCAGAUGCGCCUACGGCAGCCGGAGUGUGCCGGAACCUCUGGUCCCCCUACGGCAGAGCAGGCCAAUGAGCAGGACAACCUUGUGGAGAUGCUCUCCAGGAAUCUGGAGAGGCACAACCAGAUUAUGGCCGCCUGCUUCCUUCCUUCUUAUUGCUGGUUGGUGUGUACGACCUUGCACUUCCUUUAUUUUACCAAGACGGUGCCUCCAACUCAAACUCUGACGGGGAUCUACACUAGCUUCCUACGGCUCAACUUCAGUGGGGAAGUGCUGGACAGCACCGAUCCUUCCAACAUCUCCAUGAUGAAGUAUGUGGCCAAGACGGUGGGCAAGUUGGCCUACGAAGGGGUGAUGUCCCGACAGACUUCCUUUACAGAGAAGGAUCUCCGCCGUUGUUUUGAGGUGGAGAUGAAGACGGAGAGUGAGCUGAACCUCCUGAACACUUUCCGGAGUGACGUUUUCCGCUUCUUCUUGACCCCCUCUGUUCAGUCAGGCAAGGAACACUCUUUCGUCUUCACUAUCCCGGCCAUGCAAGAGUACCUGGCUGCCCUUUACGUGGUCUUGGGGGAGAAGAAGACCCUGGUGCAACGGGUGGGCAAGGAAGUCUCUGAAAUUAUUGGGAAAGUCAGUGAGGAUGUGGCCCUGGUGCUCAGCGUGGUCUCCAAAUUCUUGCCAUUGCGCAUCCUACCUCUUCUCUUCAACCUCAUCAAGAUCUUUCCCCGCUACUUCACCCGGUUCAGUACCAAGGACCGGGAUACCAUCGCCCGCACUAUGGCAGUGGAGAUGUUCAAAGAGGAGGACUACUUCAACGACGAUGUCCUGGACCAGAUCAACUUCAGCAUUCUUGGGGUGGAAGGUCCCAUGCGCCACCCGGAUGAAGCUUCCGACGAUGAGGUCUUCGAGCUCUUCCCCAUCUUCAUGGGUGGGUUGUUGUCCCGGCGUAACCGGGCCAUCUUGGAUCAACUGGGCUGUCCAAUCAAGAACCUGGCUGCUUUCGAGAUUGCCAAGGCCAUGAAGAAAACCGUCAUCCGAAAUAGCCGUAAGGGAUUGCCGCCAUCUGAACUGAUGGACUAUCUCUUCUUUUUGCAUGAGUUCCAGAAUGAACGUUUCACAGCCGAGGCUGUCCAAUCCUUGAGGACCAUCAACCUCUCUUCAGUGAAGAUGACCCCUCUCAAAUGCGCGGUCCUGGCUUCAGUUGUGGGCACCACGAGCCACGACGUUGAGGAGCUCAAUCUUGCCUCUUGCCAUCUUGAUGUGGGCAGCCUGAGGACACUUUUCCCCAUCUUGCUACGAUGCAGGAAACUCCAUUUGCAGCUCAAUAAUCUGGGCCCAGAGGCGUGCAAGGAGAUCCGGAACCUACUUCUGCAUGACAAAUGUGUAGUCGACACCUUGCGUCUUGCAGACAAUCCGUUGACGGAGCAGGGGGCCAUCUACCUCGCGGAAGGCCUGGCUGGCAACAGCUCUUUGAGAAAUCUCUCACUACUUCACACCUCCCUGGGGAACCAGGGUGUGGAGGUGAUCACCCAGCACCUGGCUCAGAACCAGCACCUACAGGAGCUUGAUUUGGCCUACAAUUCGUUGACGGACGAAGCUGCGUUGGCCCUGGUUGAGGAAGCCAAGAAGCACGCAGCGCUGGAAACCGUGCACUUGUACUUCAACGAGAUCAGUGAAGAAGGCAAACAAGCCCUGCACGAAUUGCGGAAGAACCGGGACGGCCUCCGCGUGCUCAUUUACCUGACCAUGGGAGCAGACGUGUCCGACUACUGGGCCAUCAUCCUGAACGUGGUCCAGAAGAACCUACCCAUCUGGGACCGAGAGCGGGUGAAGCAACAUCUGGGGUUGCUCCUAGAAGAUCUUCAGUGCAGCCGCCGACAGACGGUCAACCCUUGGAAGAAACUCAAGUUCAUGAGAGUGGAGAGCGAGGUCAAGAGGAUGCUCGGUCACAUGCAGAGAGGCGCCCUUUGACCUUCGGUUCUUGGGAGGUGCCUGGAAGCAGAGCAUGGGCUUCCUACCACGCCAUGGAAACACCAGUUGAUUCAGAUGCCACAGCAAAUCUGCUUAGCCCACCAUAGGUAACUGGACAAGGUUGUCUAAGUUAUCUUAGGGCUAGUUAGCUUAGAAGAGCCCCACCUCAGGGCUCUCCUGACAUUGGUAGGAAACUAAGUUGGCAGGUAUCAUGAACCAGUGUCCAACUUUGGCAUCUAGAAGACCCGUGGACUUCAACUUCCAAAAUUCCCCAGCCAGCCAUGUUAUGGGGAAUUCUGGGAGAUGAAGUCCCACAAAUCUUAACGUACCCAAGGUUGGACAUCCGUGCUGUAGACCAGUGGUGGGUUCCAACCGAUGUUACCACGGGUUCUCUUUGCGCAUGUGCUCUGCGAAAGUGCGUUAAGUUUCUGCCCAGCUGAGGUGCGGCAAUCCACUCUGCCGCGCCUAUCAGCUGGGCUAAAAAAACAAGGAAUAAAGGUAGGAAUAAAGCGGGGGCAGGCUGGAGGGCCCAUCUCCCAGUCAAAGAGAACCGGUUUGGUGACGUCACAUCGUCACCACUACCAGCUCGGCCGAACCGGGCCGAACCGGGAGCAACCCACCACUGCUGUAGACGCACCUGCCAAUCAAAGACUGAAUCGGAUAUCCCUCAGGUGGUUUGCCUUAAUCACGUCUCUUUUGUUUUCUGGUUGAAGUCAUCUGUUUGCGUUCUGCUGCCUUCCAUGGCAGGUCGGACUACCCUUCCCAUCACUUCCACAUCACUGGGUGCAGACUGAUACAUCCGGAGAGCAGUCAGUUGGAGAACAAAGGAGGAUUCGUUCAGACUUUCGUGCUUUUGCAGGACGUAAUGAGCCUUUUUAAAAUAAUAAUAAUAAUAAUAAUAAUAAUAUUACAAACCACACAGAAGUUGUGGGCAAGGUCCCUUUAGGGCAUCUCUGGUACAAACUCAGUGAUUUUCCCCAUCAUUUACUCUGGGGAGGAAAGGAUGUAGUUGCAGUUUAAUUUAAAAACUAAAUUAAACAGGUGGUCCUCAAUGUACAACCACAAUUGAGCCCAGCAGUUCUGUUGCUAAGCAAAAUGGUCGUUAAGUGAGUUUUGCCACCUUUCUUGCCAUGUUUGUGAGUGAAUCAAUGCAGCUGUUCGGUUAGUCGCAUGGUUACUAAAUGAAUCUGACUUUCCCCUUGGCUUGGCUUGUCCGAAGGUCACAAAAGGAGGAUCAGGUGAUCUCCGGGAUGCUGCAAUGAUCAUAAAUGUGAGUCGUUUGCCGAGCAUCUGAAUUUGGAUCACGUGGCCAUGCUGCAGUGGUCACAAGUCUGAAAAACGGUCAUAAGUCACGUUUUUCAGUGCUGUUGUAACUUCGAAUGGCCACUAAAACGAAAUGUUAUAAGUUGAGGACCACCUGCAAAACGGAGCUUACCAGUUAGAGGAUAUUUAGCUGAAUGCCCGUGAGAGGAUGUAGGUAUUUUUUUAAAAAUACCAGUACUUUCUUUGAUGGGGUUGAUGAGAAGAGUUGAGGCUGAUCCAGUGAUGGGAUUCAGCCGGUUCGCACCACUUCGGGAGAACCGGUUGUCAACUUUCUGAGCAAUUUGGAAAACUGGUUGUUGGAAGAAAUCAUUGGGGCAGAGAAUCGGUUGUUAAAUUACUUGAAUUCCACGACUGGGCCUACCCAACCCCUUUCCCCAUGUCUGCAAUACAAAGGGAGUUCUUCUUUAAAAGAUUUUAACAGAUGAACCGAGUUGGAAGGGACCUUGGAGGUCAUCUAGUCCAACCCCCCGCCCAAGCAGGAGACCCUACACCAUUUCUGACCGAUGGCAAUCCAGUCUCUUCUUGAAAGCUUCCAGGGAUGAAGCUCCCACAACUUCCGAAGGCAACUUCUGCUCCAUGGGUUGAUUGUUCUCACUGUCAGGAAAUUCCUCCGUAUUUUCUAGGUUGAGUCUCUCCUUGGUCAGUUUCCAUCCAUUAUUCCUUGUCUGGCCUUUAGGUGCCUUGGAAAAUAGCUUGACCCCCUUCCUCCUCUCUGGGGCAGCCCCUCAAAUAUUGGAAGAUGCUAUCCUGUCUCCCCUGGUCCUUCUCUUCACUAGACUAGCCAGGCCCAGUUCCUGCAACCGUUCAUCGUAUGUUUGAGUCUCCAGUCCCCUCAUCAUUGAUUUUUCUUCUUGUCUCUAUCCCUCAGUGUUUCACGUAGCGUCCUUCCUCUCUCGUUCCUUCCGUUGGUACGACAUUCAAAAUACCUCACAACCGAUUCUGCACCACACAUUUGCUGAAGUUAUGGGCAGGAAGAAUAUGCACCAUAGACGGAUCUAAAAAGACGGAGGGCCGUGUCAUAUAUCUGAGUACUGAGGACUAGCAGCAUGGGGGAUUUGGUGGCCUAUAACCCAGCUAUUUUCUUUGGUUUGGGAGUAGGGGGUGGGACCGGUUUUUCAGCUUUUUCUACUCAGAGUUUUGGGGUUUUUUUCCCCCCAUGAGUGACGGACUGCCGGAUUCUUUUGCAAGAAUGCAGAGAAAUAAUAAUACAAGAUACGAUACGAUCUUGUUAUUCAUCUCAGCCAGAUUUUUCUAGACUGGGCUCAAAUCCCAGUGGGGAUUUGCAGAAAAAAGCAGGGAUUAAAAAAAAUGGAGUGAUUUGGGAAUUGUUUGCCUACGUGCCUCAAGGAAACUAAAAGGACUUUGGUUCAGUACACACAGCCCUCGACUUACGACCCCAUUGGGACUGGAACUUCCGUCACUAAGCGAUGCAGUGGCUGUGAGUCGCAUCCAAUUUUAUCGCCUUUCCCUCCUUUUUUCCAAUUUGUCGUUAAGCAAAUCACACCGUUGUUCAGUGAAUCCAGCUUCCUCCUCCUCCCCCCUCCCCGGGAAGGGAGCAUUCACGUAACCCCCGUUGCAAAUACUUUCCGGUCACCAACUGACCGAAUUUUGACCACAUGAACUCAGGGAAGCAGUGAUGGUCGUAAACGCGAGUCAGUUUUUCAUUGCCAUCCUGACUUUGAACGGUCGCUAAAUGAAUGGUCGUAAGUCGAGGCCUAUCUGUAGAUCCAGGACUUGUGCGCCCCGUUUCUACAGCCAAGAAAAAAAUAAAAUAAAUAAACAGAUAUGCAAUGGGAGACCGGCUACCACAGGGUGAGAAUUUGAAGGACCGAAGGAUUGUUUCACACAGAAUGAAUUAAUUCUUAGUAGAAUUAAUGAAUUAAUCAAUUAAUUAAUUAAUAUUAAUUCUCAGUAGUAUUAAUGAAUUAAUUCUCAGUAGAAUUAAUGAAUUAAUGAAUUAAUUCUCGGUAGAAUUAAUGAAUUAAUUCUCAGAAUUAAUGAAUUCGCAGUAGAAUUAACGAAUUAAUGAAUUAAUUCGCAGUAGAAUUAAUGAAUUCUCAGUAGAAUUAACGAAUUAAUGAAUUAAUUCUCAGUAGAAUUAAUGAAUUAAUUCUCAGAAUUAAUGAAUUCUCAGUAGAAUUAACAAAUUAACUCUCAGUAGAUUAAUGAAUUAAUUAAUUCUCAGUAGAAUUAAUGAAUUAAUUCUCAGCAGAAUUAAUGAAUGAAUUCUCAGUAGAAUUAAUGAAUUAAUUAAUUCUCAAUAGAAUUAAAUUAAUUCUACGGAGUGGAAGCAGGUUUUGCAAAUAUGUUUUGAGAAGGCUUAACCUUUAUGUCUCUGAAGCUCUGAAGUUUGCACAGAGCCUGCCAGUCGAGGGGCACUCUAUCUUGAAAUGCCAGCUACCAGGGACAAACAAAGGGGAGCGAGCCUACUGUGGGUUUGUCGUGAACACUUUUACUUUGCUGCCAAUUUCUCGUAAAUGCAAGCGCGCGCACACAAGUGCUGGACUCCGGAGAAAUAGCAAGGAAUAUCUUAUUUUCUGGUUGUAACAAAAGCCAUUAAAAUAAACUUCCAGCGAAUGUUUUACAUUA